AUGGAAAACACUAUAGCACUGGAAAAAGCCGUGUUACCUUCUGCCAAUGAAGUCACAGUCGCAGAAAUUGACGGGGCGCUAUUAAAUCUAAGUAAUUCCAAAGAUCCAAAAGAAGAUUUGUAUGCAAAAUCCGAGGCAUUAUAUCCAAUCUUACGGAUUCCGUUCGACAUCCCAAUCAAUGAAAACAGAGAAGCCCAAAAACCAACCAAAACAUUGCCAAAUUUCAAAAUUUUUAGAAAAUCUCCUCAAACUAAAAUGAUAGAUUAUUACUAUCAAUGGAAAUAUGAAUUUGAGAACUAUAUAGAGGAAUCAAAAAAAAGGAUUGCAUUUUCUCUUCCACCAUUCUUCGGGAACUUGUUUUACGAUAUUCCCACCGAAAGCUAUAUUACUUUAUUACGAGAGAAAAUUAACAGUUCACCUGCAAGAUUAUUAGCUUGGCAUUCAUAUAACUCGUUAUUUGCUGUUGCGCAUAGAUUGGAUGCUAUUUUUGUGUAUGAUCUACGGGUUGAUUCGUGGUUUCCUGAGGCUUUAGAAACGGAUUUGCAAAUGGAGAUCACUUGUAUGGCAUGGAAGCCAUUAGGUGGAAAUAUGUUGGCUGUGGGUUGUUGUCGUGGAAUAUGUCUUUGGGAGAUGCCAUUACGCGCCAACACAACAACAGGAUCGGUAGACGGUUCGAUUGUUCUCUGGGACACGGCUUUUCAAACAGGUCAAGUGUUGACUACAACGUGUCGGUCGUGUUUGUUGAGCUGGAGUCCUGAUGGGAAAUAUUUGUUGUCGGGGACAUUAAAAGGUUAUCUCAUAAUAUGGGAAACACGAAGCUGGACUUCUAAAAUUGUCAUCGAAGAAAGGGAAGAGAUUCUUAAGAGCGCUUGUUGGACAGCAAACUCAAAAUAUGUAUUUUUAGCCUUCAACGAUUCAGCUUUCAUUGCAACAUUGGCUAUAACUUCCGAAUUUCAUAUGAAAUUUCUUCCUCGUCAAUAUACAUCUUAUCCCGAUGACGAAAUCGGCGGAAUCAUAGAGUCUCUCGCCAUAGACUCCAUCGGCGAACGAUUAGCAGUCUGUUUUGAAGAGACCAAACUUGUCGCCGUGUAUAACGUUAAUCAGGCUUUGAACGUGCCAACAGACAGUAGCUCGGGGAUCUUGUCAAAUGUGAAGUUUAUCAGAGGGCCAGUAUGGAAUGAGUUAAAAGAUCAGGGGCAAAUUGUUGCUCCAUCACCACCAAAGCCUGUUGCAAUUAGUUUUGCGAAUGAGUAUGUUCGUGGUGGAUUGUUAAGUGUGAUAUGGGAAGAUGGUAAAAUCUCAAUGAUUCCUUUCAUAUACCAUUCAAAGAGUUCUCAAUAA